GCGCCCCUUAAGAAUGGCGACAAUGAAAAUAGAGCGCAGCGAGCGUUUGUUCUGAGAUACACACCUCUGAGCACACACGAGUAACACAUACUCAGCAACGAGCCCCUGUCAUCGUGCAGAUUGGAUAAUUCGUAGUUUUGAGAUUCAAGGAAAGUUGCAGAGUCGGGGAGAAUGGCGGUGAAAUCGGGAGAGGAGAGGCUGAAGGAGAUGGAGGCCGAGAUGGCGCUAUUUGAGCAGGAGGUCCUGGGGGGCCCAGUACCCCCAGGGAGCCCGGCAGUGGUGGAGGCCAUGCCCAUGGCCCUGGCAGUACCAACCGUGCCCGUCGUUCGACCAAUUAUCGGCACCAACACCUACCAGCAGGUGCAGCAGAGUUUGGAGGCGAGAGCAGCCACUUGUGUGGGUCCUCCACACCCUGCAUUUGUGGGACCAGUGGUGCCCCCGGUCAGAGCUCCUCCCAUGAUGAGACCUGCCUUUGUGCCUCACAUUCUACAGAGAGCAGGGGGGCAGCGGAUGCCGAUGAUGCGUGGACCCCCUCCUCAGGGAAUGAUGGCUCCACCUCUACCACGCCCACCACCUCCUCCGCCCAUGAUGAUGGCUCCUCCCAUGCCGGGCCCCCCCCCCUUGGGUGGCAUGCCCCCGGUUGGGGCGAUGAAUACCAUGGUGUCGGUGUCACCACGGCCGGUAGUCCAAGCCCCCCCCAAACUGACCCCCAGCGUCAUCCAGGCAGCCCCCACUGUCUACACCGCCCCCCCUGCACCCAAGAGACCUGAUGUCCGAGCCCAGAGACAGGCGCGCAUGGAGGAGCUGGCUGCUUCUGUCGCAGAGCAGCAAGCUGCAGUGGUGGCUGCAGGGCUGCUGGAGGCAAAGAAGGAGCCGACAGCUGGGGAGGACAGCGUGAUCGGGCCGACACUGCCCGAACCCGACACCAGCCACACCGAGCCAGCAGAUGGCAGCGCAGAGGACAAGAAGAAGGGGAAGCAGGAGAAGGUGAAGAAGUGCAUUCGCACCGCGGCAGGGACCUGCUGGGAGGACCCCAGCCUGCUGGAGUGGGAUUCAGAUGAUUUCCGGAUCUUCUGCGGUGACCUUGGCAACGAGGUGAAUGAUGACAUCCUGGCACGAGCCUUCAGCAGAUACCCGUCCUUCCUGAAGGCCAAGGUGGUGCGGGACAAGCGCACCGGGAAGACCAAGGGCUACGGCUUCGUCAGCUUCAAGGACCCCAAUGACUACGUGCGCGCAAUGCGGGAGAUGAACGGGAAAUAUGUGGGCAGCCGACCCAUCAAGCUUCGGAAGAGCAUGUGGAAGGACAGGAACCUGGAGGUGGUGCGCAAGAAGCAGAAGGAGAAGAAGAAACUGGGGCUGAGAUAGGAGCAGCACAACUACCUGUGUGAAGCUGUGUGUGUCAGUGCGUGUGUGUCAGUGCGUGAGAGGAGGAGUGAGAUGGAAA